AUGGCGUCUGUUGCACGGAAGCAUCAUCGGAGGUUGGAGGAGGCUGAAACGCGUCCUAAAUAUCGACAAGGACGAAAGGAAAAAGCUGUAAAGGUGUAUACGAUUAAUCAGGAGUCGAAGUAUUUGCUGGUGAUGGGAGUCCCUGCUAUUCGUGUCAGCGAAGAUCUUAUCAAACAGUUUGCCUUGUAUGGAGACAUCGAAGAAUAUCGGCAUCUCGACGAUUAUCCGUGUGAAGAAUUUACUGAAGUAUAUUGGAUCAAGUUCUGUAGUAUUUCAUCUGCCAGAGUUGCCAAGAGGAGGUUGGAUGACCAAUCGUUUAUGGGUGGACUUCUGCAUGUUUGUUAUGCUCCCGAGUACGAAACCGUAGCCGAUACGAGAGAGAAAAUAGAAGAACGACGUUUGACAAUAGAAAACAAACUGAUUGAGUUAUCAAAGGGUUCAAAAAAGUGGUCAAAAUCAUUGACUAGCCAAAAGCCAAAAUGCUCCCAGUUGAGAGUAGAAACGAGUGCUAAUGCCAAAUUGAUGUAUCCGAGAGCGUCGCCUUCGUCUGCUGUGGUGUCUACGCCGUCAGCUUCCGUUGUGGCCACACAGUAUGCCGACCCUCGUUUUUACACUUUGGGUGAAGCAAACACAUUGUCAGUGGAUCUCUCUGUGCGUGACUCUGUUCAAUCUACUAACCCAUAUCCACGACUUCCACCUCCACCAGGGACACCACAAUAUCGUUCUAUCUACCCAUCUAUGGAUCCUAUGGAUCCUGACCAACCCGGUCCAUCACAACCCAAGAAACCUAAACUACGAGAACCAAGACUAACGGUUGCCUCCCAGCCACAAGUUCAAUCACAAACACUCAACAUGCACAAGGAGUCUGUUGGAGACGCUUCACUCGUACCAAGGAAGAUACAAUUGUCGAAGCAGACAGACAAAACACCAGAAAAAGUGGUGAAAAAAUCAAGUACUUCUGUAGAUUCCAUGGUAAACCUUGGAUUUUUUUCAACACCUUCCUCUGAUGAGCAAACCGUCUACAGGCCAUACUUUGCUGCUGUACCGGAAUUCGUAGCACCAGCUGCUCCUCAGAUGGGAUCUGUUUCUUUGGACGUGUCUGCUUGUACCAUCAGACAGAAGAUGAACCAACUAAGCCACAUGUCAGUGUCUAGUGCCACACAUUCGUGGAACACACCCAAUGAUGACAACAAUAACAAUGACAAACAACACGAAAAGUCAAAAACUCAACCCGUUCCACCAUCAGUGCAGCCUACAAGUAAGCGUAAAGACGACAAACGAAAACGAAUUUGAAAUUGAAGAAUUUAUAUUUAAUUGAAUUUUGUAACAUACGAGAGUGCUGAGCUAUUAUUGAAAAUACACAA